AUGGCUACGUCAGGUAAUCCGGCCUUGGCCUCUUCUUCACAGGGGAGUUUGGGAGGUCCAGCCGGAUCUUCAGGUGCUGCCGCCUCGCAGGACCAGACUGCAUCGUUUUUGCAGUCUCCCGACACCUUCUUCAGCAAGUUGGCUAAAGCCGAAGAGGAUUUCCCGGCUUUGGAUGCAAGAGCAGUGCUCAUCAGGAAUUUCUCUUGGAAUGAGACGCUUAAGGAUAAUAGGGCUUCAGUGAUUCUCCUCCCUUGGGAGAGGGGGCCCUUUGCCUGGGUCUUUGGUCAUCCUAGCAAGCGUCCCCGCAUUCCGAUGCCCUACGAUCAUGAACCCGUGCGGCAAUCCGGCGCCCCGAGUGCUGUGCCUGCGCUGAAGCAAGUGCCUGACUUUGCAAAGAAACGCCUCCAAAUUGUCGCCAUGAUGAAAACCUCGGACUCCGCCAGGUGGGAGGCUCUUCGUAAGUUCAGGGUUCUCGUCAUGCUCGAGCCUGGUGUCACCGAGCUAGGAUGCAUUCUUUUGGCCGAAGCUUCCUUGCUCAAGGAAGACCAACAAAUUGCAAGAACUUUCGGUGAUGUUUUCAGUGGGAAAGCCACUUCCACCCUAGUGAAGAGGGCCUCCGCUUUGUGGUCUUUCGCCAAGUGGACCCUUGAUUCAGGGUAUGGCAAUCCUUUCACCGCCGGAGAAAGGAUCCUGUAUCUGUACUUACAGGAGCUCGAAGCGAAUGCGCGGCCUACCUCGGGAUCUUCUUUUCUCCAGGCCUGGAAUUUUGCGGCGGGAACCUUGCAAUUUAAGGAUCAGGCAGCGCUGCGAGCCGUUUCUUCUCGUGUGAAGGGCUUGGCUCUCAAGAUGUACCAAGGCAAGCGUCGCUUGCAGCAGGCAAUCCCUUUAACUGUGAAACAGGUCAAGGCCUUAGAGUACGUGGUGAUUCAUGCGCCGUACUGCCAUUGGAAAGUCAUUGCUGGGCACCUGUUGUUUUGCCUCGGUGCUAGUGCCAGGUUCGGCGAUUCGCUUUGGCUGGGAAGCCUUAAUGUGUCCUCCCACCAGGGCCUGUGCUUGGUUGAAGCCGAGAGCUCCCACUGGAAAACCGCACCCGUGGCAUCGCGCAAGUCUCAGCUGUUGCCCAUGUGUUCGCUGGGAAAAUUCUUUGCUGACAGCAACUGGGCUGACUUGUGGAUGAAGGCUAGGGAGGACUCUUCUCUGGGUUUGCAUCCGGCUCUCCCUGCAUGGUCUGAGAGCGCCAACUGUUGGCUGGACAGGCCGAUGAGCACCGGGGAAGCAUGCUGCUACCUUAAAGAAUUCCUGACCGCGGCCGGUCAGAAGAUCGAUGGCAUUGGUACUCACAGCUUGAAGUGCACGGUUUUAUCCUGGGCUGCGAAAAGCACGACCGUCCCUCUGUCCGACCGCCGCCUCCUAGGGCAUCACGUGGACCCAGCUGUGAUGUCUCCCUUGACUUAUGCCCGAGACGAACUCACUCGUCUCAUGAAGGUCGUGCACGACUUGAUAGUGCUCAUACGGAAAGGAGCGCUCAAGCCUGACGAGUCCAGGGUGUGGCGCCUGGCUCAGCUCAUCAAGAAUUCAGAUGGUUCCGAGGCCCUCCUCGAGCGCAAGGAGGCGUCAGGUUUGACUUUGGGCAGGACCAUGACGGCGGCAGAGCUUGAUGCUGCCAAGGACUGUAAGAUGCAUGUCCAUUCCAGAGGUGAGGUCGUUGAGCUACAGCUGUACCUCUACCUUUACAGGGUUGCCGUCGAUCAACUCAAGCUGGGGUGUUGUUUCCGCUGGGAUGUCGACUUGAGAAUGGGAGCCAUGAAUUCCACCUUGGACUCCGCUGCUGCAUUUCAUGCACGUGCACUUGAGAUAGGUUUGACUGCUGAGUUUCUCAAGCUGCUGGAAGACGGAGGAGUCACAACGAUGGGCACGCUAGCCUUUAUCUCACCUUUCCAGGUGGGCCACUCAGACGAGAAGCCUCUGAUCGAUGCCCUCAAGACAGUCGUGAAGCGUGAUCUCACGCAGAAGGAGCUCUUCGUGACAAGGCGGCUGUGGUACGAGGCCUCUACCACGGCAAUGGGAGAGCUCAAACAGAAGGUGGAAAGGAACGACUCAGCAGAACCAAUCCGCUUGGCUGUCGCUGAGAGGACUACGCGAAUCGAGGAACAACGCAAGCGCCUCAACGGGGUGCACUUCUCCAGUGACAGCGAGCCGAGCUAUCGCGUCACAGAUCUCGUGUUUCAGCAAGGCACCGACCAACAGCUCAUCUGGCUUCCUUGGGAGAAAUACACCAGCAGGGCACAAGAGAUCGUUUCGAGCAAAUCCGACUUAUCCAUCAGCUUUGACAAUGGUGGAAACCUGCGCUUGAACAAGAAGUUUCAGGAUGCCCAGUGUUCUUUGACUGGCGAGUUGCAGGUGCGUCAGGCGCUCCAGCGCAGAUCCUUGUGUUACGAUCUUGCGCAACUCUGCUCCUAUUCAGUCAUGGAAGCCUACCACGAAGAGAUGUUCUCUCUUCUCUCACGCCCACCAGUGCCGGGUCGCAUGUGCAUCACCAUGGGCCAAGUCAAGGAGGCUGACAAGGUUCUUUUCCUCAAAAUUGCAGAAGAAACCAGAGGUGCCCUUAGCGUGCGGCCUGACGGCUCCAAGCCGAUGGAGCUCCAGCUUCUUGCCCUUAAAGCUCACCCCCAGGUGCAGUUCUGUGUGAUCCCCGGACGGCAAGCGUUGCCGCCGUGGCAGACACAUCUGCUGGAAGUGCUUCAAGCCCCACUCUUACACCGCGUGCACCAAGGGCGGCGCCUGAUUGCCUUUGACCUCACCGCCCUCGCGAGUGCUUCAGAGAACUCCAGUUCUUCGGCUUACAGGCAUAACGAUGCCGUGCAACGGAUUCUGUGUGAGUUUGUCAACGCCGAAGCACACCCGGAGUUUAUGUACAGCACCAUUGCCAUUUUCGAGGAACUUCCCGUAGGCCGUCACAGAGAGGCCAGGUUCGCUGCUAUCCACUUGACGUCAUGCGAGCAUGACGUGUGUCAGUGGAGCGGCCACCGCACCGUGUUGGUUGCUUUCAGCACUCGUGGUGUAGGUUUUACCAAUAUGCACUUGCAAUCCGACUUCGACUGGGAGCCGGACCCAGAUGCGGCCCAGUCCGCCGCAGCUGCUGCACAGCAAGACGCGCUUGUCAAGCGUCUCCUGUGCUCACCCGUGUUUCUGGUGCACAUUGCGCUGCCUUGCGGCACUGGCUCCCGGGCACGGGAGCGCCCUUUGCCAGCACACCUCUUGGCGGCUGGGGCGCCUCAGCCACAACCUUUGCGUUCCAGUCAACACGUGCUUGGCCUGCCGGAUCUCUGCCCCAGCGAUCAGGCCCGCGUGACUUCAGCUAAUCUUCUUUCAGAGUUCACGAUUAGGCUGCUUGCAUUGUGCCAUGAACGAGGCUGGCAUGUCUCCAUCGAGAAUCCGGUCAGGAGCUGGAUGUGGUCUGUGCUGGCCCACUUCACUCGCCAGCUCAAAUCCCCGGCCUUAGCCUCCUUCUUCAACGACCUUCACACUGUCGAUUACGCCCAAUGCAUGCUUGGGGGCGCUAGGGAUAAGGUUUCUCGACUGCUCACCUCGAUGCAAGCCUUGUGCCCACUGGCUUGUGAGUGCGAUAAAAAGCAUGCUCACUUGCCCUUUGCAGUAGCUCGUGCAGCAGGCCGCUGGACCUUCGCUACAGCUUCCGAGGCCGAGUAUCCUCCCCAGUUGUGUGAUGCUUUCUGUCGUCUUGCGAGUAAUUCUCUGCCCUCGUGUCCCACGCCCCUGCCUCGGCCCACGGUGCGGCAGUCUCGCCGCGCACCGCAGUUAAUCCCCGAAUUUAAGGAGUUCCGGGAUUCUAGGCCCACCCAGGGUGAGUUUCGCGAGCUUGUACGUGACGGGGGCAGCGACGGAAGCUGCUCAACUUUCGGCAUCUUUCACACAAAGCAGGAGUUCACCCACAAGGCCCUUAAGCUUGAUCAUCCCUUCGACGACGCAGCAGCGAUCGACGACAGCACGAGAAGAAACAUUUUCGAUCUUCUUACCAAAGGCCUUUCGUCUGUUGCUCAGAAACGCAUCAAUGCCAUAAAGAAGGUGAAUCAGAUGGCGAAGGAGCUCUCAGUGGAGGAAGCAAGGUUUCAAACUUCGUUACCACAGCAUGCUCAGGAGGUCUUGAAAGGCAAACGCAUACUGCUGUGGAGAAAGCUGUUGCAAGAAACUGGUUUCCCAGAUGUUUCGGUCAGUGAGCUCAUGGAGGGCGUCGACCUAGUCGGCAAACCGACCAAGUCGCCUCUGUUCGAGUGGAAAGAGGUCCCCGCGACUUCUUCAGUGCAAGAUCUCCUGGACUCAUCUGUUUGGCGUAAUCACGCGCUUCAGAAGUCGCCUGAUGUCGGCGACUCGGGCGAUCUUACGAGCAAGCUUUGGGAAUGCACUAUGCAGGAGGUUGAUAAGGGUUUUCUCAAAGGGCCAUUCCAGUCGGAAGAACAAGUUCGGGCAGCGCUUGGUGAAGAAGCCGUCUGCUGCACCCGAAGGUUCCUUGUCGUCCAAGGUAGUGCGGAGAAUCCGAAGUUCCGGCCCAUUGAUGAUUUUCGAGAAAGUGGCAUCAACGAAGCCUCUCGGCCCGAGACUGUUUUUGCUGCGAGUGGUGGGCUGGGGCCCCUCGUUGAUUCCGGCACUCGUUCCCAGGCUUCAGCUGCGAUCACGGUGAUAAACUGGAACUGCGGAGGGUUCUCGACCUUAAAGGACGAGUUCUACACGUGGUUGCGCGGUUGUGAUUGCGAUGUUGUCUGCCUCCAAGAGACAUGGAUGAAGGAGUGUUCGGAGUUCUUUGCGGGGGACUGGCUUUGCGUUCAGAGCGGCAUGAACGCUACGAGCUCGCGGGCGCAGGCUGGGGUUAUGAUCAUGCUGAGACGGUCGGUCUUUGAUAAUGGUUCGGUACGCUACUCCCACGUGAUGGAAGGACGACUUCUCCACGUACGGGCACAACAUAAGCAUGGCUGGGUGGACGUGGUAGGUGCCUAUCUGCAUGCAUGGGGUGGCUGGAGCAAUGAAGCGGACAUCUUAGCCAAACGAUCGAAGGUGUGGGCAGCGCUCCGCCAAACCUUGGGGCAGCUACCCCGAGGCAAUCAACUUGUGGUAUGUGGAGAUUUUAAUACCGUGGUGCAGCCUAAAGCCCCGUUCUUUGGCACAGGUAUGAGUUCGAACAACCCGACCCCGUCGGCGGAUGCACAGGACUUCGAGGCCAUCCUCCACGACUUCGGCUUGCAGGCAGUGAACACCUUCGGUAAGCAGGGCAGCUACACACACAUACUUGAACAUCACUCGCAGAAAACCCGCUCCUUCCUGGACUACGUGCUGGUGCGACGCAAAGGCCCUACGCUCAGCUCAUCGGCGCGUAUGCUCGUGACCUUUCCGGUGGCUCGCUGGAGAGGUGGUGGCAGGCAUCUACCCGUGCUUGUAACAGUGCGUUUCCGCCGAUUCCAAUUCGCUCGGCCGCGACCCCAGCCCGCUUGGCCGCAGUGGAAGUGUAAGCUCCUAGCCGACAGGAUCGCAGCAGAUGGGCCAGAUGUUCAGGACUUCAAGGCACAAGUCUCCAGGGAGCUCCAAGCUAUGCAUGACUUCUGCCCUGAUCGUGUGAAUCAAGUUCUCAUGAAGGCGAGCAGGGAUCAUUUCCACAUUGUGAGUUGGCCCGACAACAAUUUCAGAAAUGUGCUUCAGGUCUUCGAGCUUGCUUUCGGGCUUGGCGGUGCAGAGCCCGGUUUCACCAGCUGCACCAAAUCGUACGUCGUAACAGCCGGCUCCUUCGCAGACAUCGCUUUGAUGAACUUCUACGGCAUGCGGCACGUGCCCAAGCAACCGAAGGCCAGAGCUCAGCUCCGUUCGAGUACGGGGGCGAUUCUUAUGCCUCAGGCCGAAGUCCAGGCACUCGCAUCGUACUGGAAAGAGGUCACAACGGCCGAAGACCCAGUGCAGGCACCGUCUGCCACGACGUUUGACCUCGAAAUGGAUGCUGUGCAACAGGCCCUUGCAAGCCUGCCAUCGAACAAAGCUGCACCGGCACAUUACGCACCUCAUGCACUUUGGAGCUGUGUCGCAGAGCCGGUGUCGCAGGUCCUGGAACGAGGACUUCUUCAGGAAUGGCGCUCUAGCGGCGCUCACAUACCCACUGCCUGGGCCGAUGCCUGGCUCACCUUUCUGCAGAAGGCCAACAAGGCGGGGAACAAACCGGAGCACCUCCGGCCGAUUGCUUUACUUGACCCGGUCGGUAAGGCGGUAUCGGGACUACUCCGAAAGCAGCUCGACACCUACAUCUUGCCCCACAUGGAAGCUCGUCAUCAAUAUGGCUUUCUACCUGGUAGAUCGGUGCAACAAGCUCUUGGACACGCCUUUAUCCACUGCAAGUCUGUGCGCUCGCUCAGCCAGGCACAGAACAGAUCCCUCUACGACAAGUUUGCCGGUCACCAGGCAAAGGGAUGUGCUGGCGGCAUGCUGCUGAGCAUCGACCUGACGCAGGCCUUCGACAGAGUGGGCCGGGACCUCCUGGAGCAGGCUCUGAUUCACAUUGGUGUCCCCCUCAGUCUUCGCUCCCUUUUGCUACGAUGGGUUCACUCCGUUCGCUAUGUAGUGCAGAAAGAAGGCCACGCGCAAACGUUCCCGACUUCCCGGGGGAUCCGUCAGGGGUGCAGGCUAUCACCUUCGUUAUGGAACUGUGUGGUUGUUUACCUCACUCAUCUUUUGGAGCAGCAGCUUGGGGUUGAUUGGUGCAGGCAGCGCUUGAUUGGAUAUGCCGAUGACAACUUGUUCAAGUGGACGUUCCACUCUCGAGAGGAUGUGGCGGCCGCGAUCUCAGAAGCCACGGCCAUCAUCAACCUGUUGGAACAACAAGGCCUCACGGUGAGUAAGGACAAAACAGCUAUUCUCCUCAAAUUGGCGGGCCCUCAAGCCGAGGCCUAUCGUCGGAAGAUCGUUGUAAAACAUGAGGGCAAGCACCAUCUUCGGCUGAACCAGGACCUCACUUUACCCGUCAAGGCCCAGCACACAUAUCUUGGAGCCAUCAUCUCCUUUGGUCGGUUCGAAGAACUUAAUGCCACGCACCGUUGCCAGGCAGGGAUUGCCACUUACAACCGGCUUCGCCAGCAUCUUCACUCUAAACGCACGUGGCCAUUGGCGAAACGGCUGAGACUCUGGAAGGCCUAUGUGCUACCCACGGUCUUCUACUCGCUCACUGCCUCGGGACUCACUGAGAAAGGUGCUUCAUGCAUUAGGGUUGCACUCCUCAGGCAACUUCGGGCCAUAGCUGGACGGCCACGGCAUUUGACACUGGAGUCUGACGCUCAAUUCCUGCUCAACCUGGGAAUGCCAACUCCUCUGCAGCUUCUCAUCGACAGGCAACGGAACACUUUGGACCGAACGGAGCAGCUUCGCGCCAAGCUUUCCCCCGGCGACUUCAGGCUCGAUGCCGCGCUGCUGGCCCAUGAAACUGAGGUGUUACACGGCUUACAGGAACUGGCGGCUGACUCCUCCAACACGGGGGCCACCGAUGAUUUGCCCUGUCCUGAUUGUGGCGAACGCUUCCCCACGGCAGCAUCACUCCGUCAACAUCGUGCCAAGGUCCACCGCAGUGGCGAGAACAAGGCCAAGGGUGAGAGCUUCGAUCGGCUACUUCAUGGUAAGGACGGCCUCCCGCAGUGCAUCAAUUGCGGGCACAAGUUCGGCACAUGGGAGGAAUUACAGCGACAUGUGCAACUUGGACGAUGCCAAGCCCCCGAGCGAGCUGGCUAUGAUGACGUACACCCCCCACUACUUGCCAAGGUCCUUGCUGAUGAAAUCGUGUUUCCCGAGGUCAUGCUCAACCCCCCGAAUGACGACCUCAAAAAGGAGCUCCUCGAGCGGUGUGCGUUGUGCAGGCAAUGGUUGCCCAAUGAGAAUUAUAUGAAGGUCCACUACGGCCGCGUCCACAAGGACGAAUGGAAGGCGCACAGUUCUCGUUUGCGAGUGUGGUGCACCAACAACCUUGCCCCCAUCAAAGGGACAUGUCAGUGGUGCGGACACAAGGCCCAACAAGGUCCCAAGGAUGACGCUGACAUGACGGCGCCGAGCGAUGAGCCUUAUCCUUCAGCUGAGGAGGUAAAACCAAUGCUCGGCAUGACCUACGAUGCGGAGAUUCAGGAUGUGUUCGCCAACUGCCUGCCGGCAUUGGCGAACCUCAAGGCGGGAUCUCUCGAGGAAGUGCCGGAGCGGGAGACAGAGGACCUCGACAUGCCCAACCGGGGCAAACGUUCGAGGCCAGAGCCGAUGGGAGACAAGACGCUCCACAGAUCACAGUUGGGCAAGGGCAAAGGGGGCCAACGGGGCAGCGAUGCAAAGAACAGGGGAAGCUGGAACAAUUGGGAGCGCGACGACUGGGAUUACCACAGUUGGCGGCCGCAGCACCGUGCGGAUCUCGAGAGGCUGAUGGAAGCUUUGUGUCGGCUGACCCUGAAGCAAGAGGAAGAGUUGCAGCUUCUUCGAACGGAGAAGCAAUUCCUGCUGCAUCUGGAGUCUGGACCUCAGGGAAUGCUCACCCCCUUAUGGAAGGUGGCCCAAGUGUGGAAAGCAGGCAAAGACAAAACUCCACCAACCGUGACCAGCUCGUUACGUGUGGCCUUGAUCAAGUGUGUCCUCGCGGAGUGGAUGGCGAGGCUGGACAUCAUGACCAAGGAUGCGGAGACGGUCAAGAAGAUGGAGGCACAGGGAUGGGUGAAAGUGCAGGGCGUAGACGAGCUGCACUGGAACUUUCAGCAAUGGAACCAGCAAACCCGACAGCUGGAGCUGGAUCCGAGCAAACCACCCGUGGGCCACUCAACGAUAUUGCGGGCAGCGACCAACCUCCAGGCGUUGGUGAAUUCCGAGACCGAACGGCUCAUUCACCGAUUUCACUCCACCCGAAAGCUCACCGAAUUGGUCAUGGGCGACACGAUGCCUUUCAUCCUGUCGGUGGCGAUGAGAGGAACCAAGGCACAACAAGCCCACGACAUCCUGAGCGACCUGACGGGCAGUGCAGCUUUGAGAACCGUGGGAGUGCGCAUUCGGGGCGAGCGGGUGAACCUACAGCCAUUGGCACAGCAGAUUGCCAAAAUGGCGGCCGCGCUACGCCGCUGA